AUGGCGCACAAACCCCGCGAAGCGGAUCUGGAGGACUUACUUCAGAUCGUCGCGCUCCAGGUCUGCCGGAAAGUGCACGAGGUGCGUGAUCCGGCGCUGUUCAAGCCUUGGCUCAGAACCGUGACGAUCAACAUCGCUCGCGAGCAGGGACGCAAGGCAUCGCGCAAACGCGCCGGCAUGCUCCGGCUCGUCGGUCGAGGAAAGAACGAAUCCGACUCGAUCGGAUCGAUGCAGCUCUCGGAAGACGCGAAGCGCGUGCUCGACGCGGCGCUGAGUCUUCCGGAGAAAUACAGGGAGCCCGUGCUCAUGCGCUGUCAGCAGUCGAUGAGCUACAAGCAGAUCGCCGAGGUGCUCUCGCUCCCAGAAACAACCGUUGAGACGCGCAUCGCGCGAGGAAGACGAAUGCUCCGAGAAACGCUGGACCUUCAAUCCAAGUGCUUGAUGGAUACGAACAAUGACAACACCAACAACCCAUCCAGCGAAUGGAAGAGCGAGAACUCCGCACAUCUGCGUGAUCUGCUGAUCUCGCGCGUGAUCGACGGCUCCGCGAGCGCCGAGGACUGGUCCUCGUUCCGUAUCCUCGCAUCGACCGAUGCAGAGGUCUGGAACGACCUGAGCGAUGCGCAGCGUGAGCAUGAAGCGCUGUGCGAGGUCAUGCACGCGGCAUCAAGCAUCGCUGAUGGUGUGAAUCUCCCUGGAGGAUCGGGAUCUCCGAUCGUGUUCGAGUCGCGCGUCAACGCCGCGGCUCGUUGGGGUGGUUGGGCCGUCGCCGCCGUCCUGAUGCUCGGCUGGUUUACAGGCACCUUCUCGAUGAACCAAACAAACAACCCGCUCGGAACCAAUCCACAAACAGGGAGCAUGGUACCACUCAAUGCGGCAGAUCCUGAGCAAGCGUUCAACCAGUACCUGCAAGCCGGACAAGCGGACGGCAAGGUGGUGGGGGAGAUGCCGGACCAUGUGGUGGUCGAGACACGCCCGCUCGUGGAUGGGACUGUCGAGGUCAUCUACCUGCGUCAGGUCAUCGAGCGGAGAGUCCUAAACCAAGCGUUCCGCGAAGCGGUGGACGAGUUCGGAAACCCUGUUGUGGUCCCUGUUGAUCUCAAGACCCUCAAGCGAGGCAUCCCAAUGAAACGAACACCACUGACCAUCGCACUGCUCGCCGGACUCUCGGGACUGGCGAUCGCAUCGGCUGACGGCUUUGUCGUCGAGAGCGUCGAUCAUCCGCAUGAAGAGAAAGAGCAUGUCGAGCAUACUGUUUGGGUCGAGAAGGUCGCUGACGGAGAGCACACCUACGAGCUCAAAAUGGACGGCGGCGAGUUCAUCAUCAAACUCGACGGCAAAGAAGUUCCUGAGAAUCAACUCAAACACAAAGACAAUGUCGUCAUCAUCCUCUCUGAAGACGGCAAAGUACUCCACGAGUUCAAUCUUGAUCGCAACCACAAUGUGUGGUUCGGCGAUGAUACUGGGAACCACUCGAUCUUCGUGGCCAAAGACGAUCAUGGCAAUAUUCAGCAAUGGGUCGGACAAGGCAUGGGCAACGCUCAAUUCGUCGCCGAGGUGAAAGAACACCCCAAGGUCAUGCUCGGGAUCUACACCGAUGAGCCGAGCGACUCGCUCCGCGAGCACCUCGGAAUUACAGGUGAUGCGAUCCUCGUCGAGCGCGUCAUCAAGGGACUCAGCGCCGACAAAGCCGGGAUCAAAGACAAGGACAUCAUCAUCUCCAUCAACGGCUCCGACGGUCUCUCCCCAUCGGGAUUGACCAAGCUGUUGUCCAAGAAAGAUCCAGGAGAUGAAAUCAAAAUCGUCUUGCUCCGCAAGGGUGAGAAGAUGAAGAUUAAUACCAAGCUGCUCCCUUACGACGCGCAGGCGCUGGGGCAUGCCUCUGCUCCACGAGUCGGUGGUACUUGGGUCACGCGUGAUGAUCAAGGGAACUUCGCAUUCCCAGGGAAUGCAGAGUUCUUCAGCAAAGAAACACAACGCAAGACUCACGACAAGAUCAUCGAAGCGCUCCGUGCAGAGGGCAUCGAAGAAAGUAAGCUUCGCGAGAUCGAAGAGCAGAUCCGCGAAUCACUCCAUGAAAACCUCUGGUCUCGAUUCCACGAAGGCGACAUGGACGGCAUGAUCGAGUUGCAUGUCCAAGCGGAGGAUCAAGCUCAGCGUGCAGAGCGUCGCUUCUUCGCUGAGCAGAUGCAGCGGAAAGCUGAGGAAGCGAUGCGGAAUGCCGAGCGUCUGACGAUGGAAUACAAGGAUGGGCAGCUCUUGCUCAAGCGUCACGCGGAAGGACUCCAGAAUCACAUCCAUGAACUCGAGGACAAGCUUCAUGCCGCGAUGCCUGAGAUUGAAACAGAACUCAAUGAUCGGAUGGCGGAGCUUGAAGACCGACUUGAAGAGCUCGAAGGUGCUCUGGAAGAGCGUAUGGACAGCUUGACCUCGCUCAUGGAGCGUCUCAUCGAGCGUUUGGAAGAGGACUAA